ACACAACAACUUUGGGCUACCUGAUGUGUUCGUCGUGGAGAAUCGAACCCUGGAUUUGAGCCUUGAAAGUUCGAAGACUUACUACUGUCUCACCGAGUGAACUGCUGAAGACGAACAACAUAUGGAUGAGCCGCUGGCUCAUUGUGAACUUCCACCUAGUGGAGAACAUUGGAAGCACCAUCAAGUAUAUAAUGGACGUUUAUCGUCUUCUGCCUCCUUACCAGCUCUUUGUGAUUUAUCUUCAAAAGACGUUACUGUUCCUAUUCCAGAGAUCAGUCAUCGCCAAAUUACCCCAUCUGGUGGUCAGGUGCGUUCAUCUAGUAGCGUUGGUUACUUACAAACUGGUAUAGGCAUUAAUACUGGAACCGGAAGCAUUCAUAGUAAAGGAAGUGACACCAAGCCCCUGUCUAGUGCGUGGAAAACAGCACUUGGUGCAGCUUCAACCCAAACGGCUCUGAAUCGUGAAAGAAGAAAACCUUUCCGAAAAGGCCCCAAAAUAGCAGAGAGACCAGUUCGUGCACUGUAUUGUCUAUCACUUAAAAACCCUAUAAGAAGAACGUGUAUUGGCAUCGUGGAGUGGAAAUAUCCUUUUGUGAGAAAAAUGGUAUUCUUUAUAAAUGUUCGAGAGAUUGCCUUUGAAAACCCACAUCCUUGUUCAGAAGGGUCAAAUGGCUACCAUUGUGAUGCUUUCCAAAAUCUCACAUGUAAAGAAUUCUGGGAAGGACCUAACUCUGGCAUAACAAAUUUUGAUAAUUUUGGUCUUGCCAUGCUUACAGUAUUCCAAUGUGUGACCACUGAGGGUUGGACAAGUGUUUUAUAUGAUAUUAAUGACUCCAUGGGGAACGAGUGGCCCUGGAUUUAUUUUGUCAGUUUGGUCAUCAUAGGAUCAUUUUUUGUGCUCAAUCUUGUUUUAGGUGUUCUUAGUGGAGAGUUUUCUAAAGAAAGAGAAAAAGCAAAAGCUAGAGGUGAUUUUCAUAAACUUCGAGAAAAGCAACAAAUAGAGGAAGAUCUGAGGGGAUACUUAGACUGGAUCACCCAGGCUGAGGAUAUUGAACCAGAUGAAAAGGAAAAAGAUGAAGAAUCCAGACACGGAAAAGAAGAAGAAUCUGAAUCUUGUGAUAAAGUAAAAGGAGAAACAAACAGCACGAAAAUUCUAAAACCUCCUUCCAGGUGGUCUUUGAAAAGGAAGCAGUUUGGUAGACAAAAUAGGAAAUUGAGGAGAGUUUGUCGUAAGGUUGUUAAAUCUCAGGCUUUCUACUGGAUUGUGAUCAUUCUGGUAUUUCUAAAUACCAUAACUUUGGCUUCUGAACACUACAAACAGCCAAGUUGGUUAGACCACUUCCAAGAAGUUGCCAACAUGUGCUUUGUUGUCCUGUUUACCAUGGAAAUGUUACUGAAAAUGUACAGCUUGGGCUUCCGAGGAUAUUUUAUUUCUCUCUUCAACCGUUUUGAUUGGUUUGUAGUGAUCAGCUCCAUCAUUGAGGCUAUCCUGACCUACAAUGAUGUGAUGCCUCAGCUGGGCGUGUCAGUGCUGAGGUGUGUUCGUUUGUUGCGUAUCUUCAAAGUUACCAGGUAUUGGGCAUCUUUAAGGAACCUGGUAGCUUCUCUCAUCAACUCCAUGCGUUCUAUAGCAAGUUUACUUCUCCUGCUCUUUCUCUUUAUCAUUAUUUUUGCACUACUGGGCAUGCAGGUCUUUGGAGGAAAAUUUAACUUUGACACUACACAGGGGAAACCUCGCAGUAACUUUGACUCUUUCUGGCAGUCACUAUUGACAGUAUUUCAAAUCCUGACAGGUGAAGACUGGAAUCUUGUGAUGUAUGAUGGAAUAAAUGCUUAUGGAGGUGUAGGUUCUCCUGGUGUGUUGGCCUCCAUCUACUUUAUCAUACUGUUUAUUUGUGGUAACUAUAUUUUACUAAAUGUAUUUUUGGCCAUUGCUGUGGAUAAUCUAGCUGAUGCAGAGAGUUUGACAGCGAUUGAAAAGGAAGAGAAAGAGACUGAAAAAGAAAAAGAUCGACAGUCCCAAGAACCUUCAAGUGGACAAAAUGAAAGCAGUGAGAAGGAAGGGACAAGAAAAAAGAAGAAAAAGAAAAAACCCGAUGAAGAAGAUGAUGAAAGUGGACCCAAUAAAAUGGAUACUUCCUUGAUGAAUCAUACAUCAGGUUUAGGAGUUUCCAUGGAUAAAUGUAGAAAACUUGCUCACAUACAGAUUAAAAUAGAUUCCUGCAAAGAUGAACUAGAGGCUGAUGCUGAUAAAGGGAAGGUAGAUGAAGAUAGUUAUGAAGAGCUUGAAGUUGAUGAUGAAUAUGAUGAGGAUAUUGGAGAAGAGGAAAAUAAACAGGAUGACAUAGGGGAAGAAGAAACGACUACUGUUUCCACAGCCCGUCCACGUCGUAUUUCAGAAAUCAACAUCCCAAAAAACGUCUAUCCUAUCCCAAAAAAUUCAUCAUUUUUUCUUUUUUCUCAUACAAACAGGUUUCGAGUGCUAUGUCAUCAACUCAUCAAUAAUACAUACUUUAGUAAUAUCAUCUUACUGUGCAUCAUGAUGAGUAGUUCAACGUUAGCUGCUGAAGAUCCUCUUCAUGAUUACUCUGAUAGAAAUCACGUUCUGAACUACUUUGACUACUUCUUUACUUCUGUUUUUACUAUUGAAAUUACACUAAAGGCUGUAGCAUAUGGUCUUAUUCUUCACAAGGCUUCCUAUUGCCGUAGCGCCUUCAACAUGUUAGAUGUCUUUGUGGUCUGUGUGUCUUUACUCUCUCUUGGUAUUGAUAAUGAUGCAAUCUCUGUGGUUAAAAUUCUUCGGGUGCUGAGAGUACUACGACCACUCAGAGCUAUCAGUCGUGCCAAAGGUUUAAAGCAUGUUGUCCAGUGCGUCAUAGUAGCAGUAAAAACUAUAGGCAACCUCAUGUUGGUGACCUUUCUUCUAAACUUCAUAUUUGCUGUCAUUGGAGUACAAGUUUUUCAGUAUGUAGUGAAGUGCAUCAUUGUUGCUGUCAAAACAAUAUGCAACAUCAUGUUGGUGACUUAUCUUCUUCAGUUCAUGUUUGCUGUGAUUGGAGUACAGCUUUUCAAGGUUAUAAACCUGUUUGUAGCUGUAAUCAUGGAUAAUUUUGAUUACUUAACGCGUGAUUGGUCCAUUCUGGGUCCACAUCACCUAGAUGAGUUUGUACGACUUUGGUCAGAAUAUGAUCCAGAUGCAAGGGGAAGAAUAAAACACUUGGAUCUUGUAACGUUGUUGAGAAAAAUUUCACCACCUUUAGGGUUUGGUAAACUUUGUCCUCACAGAGUAGCUUGUAAGAGGCUCGUGUCGAUGAACAUGCCGCUAAACACCGAUGGGUCUGUGAUGUUUAAUGCCACACUGUUUGCUCUGGUCAGGACUUCAUUACGUAUAAAAACGGAAGGUAACAUUGAUGAUGCCAAUACAGAACUGCGUGCUAUAAUUAAGAAGAUUUGGAAACGUACAAGCUCAAAGCUUCUAGAUCAAAUAGUUCCACCUUCUGGAGUUGAUGAUGAUGUAACAGUGGGCAAGUUUUAUGCAACAUUUCUGAUUCAAGACUACUUUAGACGAUUCAGGAAGAGGAAGGAAGAGAAAGCUGUAAAUGAUCCAAUGAGUGCUGUGGCUUUAACUGCUGGACUUCGAAAACUUCAUGACCUUGGGCCUGAGAUCCAACGAGCAAUUUCAGGGAGUUUAGAUGUUGACGAAUUUCUUGUUGGAGUGGAUAAAGAACCCACACAUAGAAGGUAUCAUCCAUUAUUUGGAAGUAUUUGGACCACUGAACGUGGAAGGUAUCCCAAAGGAAUUCAGUCACUCCAUCUUGGCCAUUGUCAACCUCAAGCUAGAAUAUCUCCCAUUGACUCACCAUUCUCCCAUUAUACUAGGACAAAAUUCUACACUGUUAAUCAUAUCAAAUUACCACAAGACAGAUAUCUUAAUUCUGUUUAUGGACCAGAUUUAUCAAGUUCUUUCUCAGUAGAUGAUGUAGAGCUGUACUACUAUGGUGUAGUUUCUUCAUUACCAAGUUCAUCUGGGUCAACUUUACCUCUUCAUCUAACCAAUCCAUCUGAGGGGUUAACAAAGUACAAUGCCAGCUCAAUGAGUGAAAAUUUUGGAAGUGACAUCUUUCAGCUCAGAGAACUAUAUCAACAGCAUGCUCCCAGCACCUCUUUUAUGAAUAGCGGUUCCAGUUCUGAAAGUAUUCUUCCACCAGCUAGCUUUCCUGACCAGGAAAUAGUCAGUAUCCACCAAAGUCCAGCCUUAUCCUUGUUCCACAACAAAUUCAGUCUUUCUGUAGGAGAUUCUGAAGACCAAGAAGGACCCCAGCCUCCCACUCCUCCACCUCGGAAAUUUAUAAGUAGGAAUGUGAGAAGAAGUUUUCAUUUUCCCUGGCUAAAGAAGCAGUACCGUCAUGAGAAUAAUUCUGUUGUUGAUAGAUCUUCUUGUCAACAGCAGGAACCUGAUAACCAGCACUCACUUAGUCACAUUGCUGCUUCACUAAGGCUAGCUCAAUUGCCAGCUAUGGCUGUUGCCGGAAUAACACCAGAUACUGAUCGUAAGUCAAUACACAGAAGGAGCAGAGAAUCUUCCAAUAUUAUACCAGUUCAUCAAGCUUCUUACCAUGGUCAUCGACGUUAUGAUUCCCCGGUGAGGAGAACUCAACAGUUAUAUAGUAGUGCAGAAAAUCUUAUUGGUCGAAUCCUCCAUGAACAAGGAUUAGGGAAGUUUUGUGUGCGUGCUACACAGUUUGAACAUUCUGAGACAAGAAAGAUGACUGAAGAAGAGAUGGAUCAUGAGAUCCUGCAGGCAGAAAGGAAGAGAAGUACAGUGUUAGAGGACUGUGGUUUAAAGAUACAGAUUGAUGACUAUAGCGAAGUGAGAUCAGAAUGUGCCGACAUGACAAAUCACGGAUUUGUAUUGGGUGCAAGCCAUUCCUACAGAACUAAAAAUAACUCUUCUGAUGCAUCGUCCAGUAACCAUUUUAGUGAAUGUGAAGAAGAUACUAAGUUAUAGCAUCGAAGGCCACACAAUAUGUGAAACAUACUGUUAAAUGUGAAACUUUAUGUUGCAUGAAAACGUGGUUCCUGGGUAAGCCAGUGUUAUUGCUAUUACACUAGACUUCUUAACUGCUAUGGUAGAAGUAAACUUCUAUGAAAAGGCCUUAACUGACCAACAACAGAAUAAUGGUGGUGUGAUAAGCAUUGAGUGCCUUCUGUAUCCCCUUGUGAUCUGUGUAGUCACAAGUUAUCUUUGUGACAAUCCUCAUGAAAUUGUUUACUCUUCAGUGAAAUACUAACUGGUGUUUCCUGUAUCCCACAGUCCUCUCAUUUCUUGUGACACAGUUGGCUAUCCUGCAGAAUACAAAGUUUUGUCAUACCUAGUACAAAUCACAACUGUUGAUAUUCCAACAUAGGUCAGUAUUCGGUCAAUGUCCAGUCUUCCUUUAUAUUCACUAUAAUACACUGUUUCAUCUACUCAAGUGCAAAGUACAAAUCAUCAUCAUCAUCUCUGUUAGCUCUAUCCCAUUGAUAGAACAUAAUGCGAUUGUCAUUUCCAGACAAUGGUACAAGUAUUUCAUCCAGCACCAUUCAUUAAAUUAUGCUGUUGUAUUAAACCUAAUUGCUGGUAUAAAGAUUCUUUUCUAGCUGCUAUCUAAAAAAAAAAUAAAACAGUUUACUGUUACCUCAGAAUGCCGUUUUCUGUUUUCUCACUUACGAGUUUCAGUUUUUACAGCCAGCAAGAAGUAUCUUGAGACAUCAAAGUUGGCUGUUGCUGCUCAGAAGUGGACGUAGGUAACACUGGAUUUAUGUCAUCUCGAGAUACCAUUUAGGUUACCACUGAAGCU